CCUGGAUGACGAAGAGGGCGGCGACGGAUGGUGUCCACCCAAUGGCGACGGCGCAGAGGAGGGAGAGCAGCUCAGCGAAUACGAGGCGGGUGAGUGGGACCCGCCUGUCAGCCCUUUCCGACCCCAGGCCCAGGAGCAUAAUCUCCAAGAUGGGGAUGAAGAAGAAGACGAUGAAGACGGCGGGGACUGCCCGUGGCGGCACCCGAGCUUCUUCUUGCCAAACCAAGAAGAGGCAAGCACAACCACCACCGCGGCAGUGGAAGAAAUUCUCGCCUUCGCGAGGAGCCCAGUGGCGGCCGACGGCUCCGGAUUCGCCGAGUUCUUGGCUGGUUACAGCCGCAGAGCCCUCGGCGAGGACGAAUGCGUGGAAGUGAUGAGGAGGAUGGGUGAUGAAGGGCUGGCGUUGGGGUGCCUCCUCCACUUCUUCCGGUGGAUGACGCGGAUGCUCGAGGAGCAGCCGAUGUCCUCGUCGCCGCAGGCAUGGUUGGUGGCUCUCGUGUUGCUUGGACGGGCACGGAUGGCCGAUGAUGUCUUGGAGAUUCUGGCAAAUUUGCCGCUGGAGAGGGGAUUCCGGGAGGUGGUUCUGUACAACGCUGCAAUGUCCGGUGUUGCCUACUGUGGAAGAUAUGGCGAUACCUGGAAAAUAUUUGAGUUAAUGGAGAAGAACAAUGUCCAACCUGACCACAUAACAUCCUCCAUCAUGUUAAUGGUAAUGAAGAAGCGCAAGGCAUCUGCCAAGGAUGCAUGGGAGUUCUUUCAGCGGAUGGACAGAAAAGGUGUCAAGUGGAGCUUAGAUGCCUCUGCCUAUCUAAUUAAGAUCUUUUGUGAUGAGGGGCUGAAAAAUGAAGCUCUUAUCUUCCAGUUAGAAAUGGAGAAGAGAGGAAUCCCAUCAAACACGAGCAUUUAUAACGUGAUGAUGAAUGCAUAUUGCAAAUGCAGUCAAAUUGAAGAAGCUGAGGGACUCUUUCUUGAGGUGAAAGAGAAAGGGUUAAAACCAACAACCCUGACCUAUAAUAUCCUUAUGGAUGCCUACAGCAGAAGAUUGCAGCCUGAAGUUGUUGAAUCAUUACUUCUGGAGAUGCACAAUUUAGGACUAGUGCGAAAUGCUAGGUCAUACAACUGUCUCAUAAGUGCUUAUGGGCAGCAGAAAAAAAUGAGUGAAAAGGCUGAAGAUGCUUUCCUGAGGAUGAAGGCGGAUGGCAUUAAGCCUACAUCUUCUUCGUAUACUUCACUGCUUCGUGCAUAUGCAGUUACUGGGCAGGAUGAAAAAGCUCAUACGACAUAUACAGAUAUGAGAAGAGAAGGACUUAAGCCUUCGUUAGAAACAUAUACAGCUUUACUUGACAUAUUUAGGAGGGCUGGUGACACAGAGAAGUUAAUGGAUACAUGGAAAUCAAUGAUUGAUGAAAAGGCUGGAGGCACUAGAGUCACAUAUCACAUGGUACUUGAUGGUUUGGCGAAGCAUGGGUUGUAUGUUCAGGCAAGAGAUGUAAUAUCCGAGUUCGGAGAAAUUGGUUUACCUCCUACAACUAUGACUUACAACAUUUUGAUGAAUGCUUAUGCAAAGGGAGGACAGCAUUACAAAUUGCCCCAGCUCCUGAAAGAGAUGUCUAUUCUGGAACUAAAACCAGAUUCAGUUACAUAUUCUACAAUGAUAUAUGCAUAUGUUCGUGUCCGUGACUUUUCGAGAGCAUUCUAUUACCACAAGGAGAUGGUUCGAAGUGGGCAAGUGCCUGAUGCUAAGUCAUACAGAAAGCUGUUGAAUACGUUGGAUGUGAAAUCUGCAAGGAAAAGCAUAAAGAAUAAAAGUACCAUUGUGGGAAUUAUAAAGGGAAAAUAUUCCUUAAAGCAUAGGAAGGAAAAGAAGGAUGAAUUUUGGAAGAACAGUAAAAAGCGGUCUAUGACCCAAGUCAAUGGGUACCAGCGAAAAAGAUUCUUGUGAUGCCCUAGUUAAGUGGAUAGAUACUCAUCCCCUAUGUUAUAUCAUGGUCCCCAUGCUUAAAUGCUCUUGAACUCUCCAGGUCAGAAAUUACAGGUUUGCCGUGUUACUAAUUCCAUAAGCGUUCAAUUUGAUUGCCUGGUUGAUCUUGAUCUGAAUAGAUUUGAUUUUUCAUUUUAA